AUGAGGAAAAUAUAUGCAAUUGUGAUUCUCUCUGUUACAUUUAUUCAGUGUUGGAGGCAGACAACAGGUGUAAGCCUUCCGGAGGUUAACUUGCACAAGGAUUUAUUUUCGGACUAUAAUCCAAAUGUGUUGCCGCAAGAGAAUAACUCAAAGCCAUUGAAUGUUACACUUGAUAUGUAUUUAAUGUCUAUAGAAAAUAUUGAUGAGAAAAGGCAAACUAUAACGAUCAAGGCUUUUCUAGAAAUAAAAUGGAGAGAUGCCUUUCUUAGAUGGGAUUCUACAAAAUAUCCAGGAGUUUCUAGAAUCAGUGUUAAAAAUACUGAUAUAUGGAUUCCAGAUAUUGCAUUGCAGGACACAUUUGGUGAACUGACUGAUUUCGGACAACGUGGCGGUAAAGCUAAUGUGAAAAGUGAUGGUUUGGUGACUAUCUGGCCAUAUAAGAUAUAUACAGUUGCAUGUAAAAUUUCAAUAACAAAAUUUCCAUUUGACAAACAAAAAUGUCAGUUUGAUUUCCUUUCAUGGAGCCACCCGACAUCUGUACUUGUUUUAAACACCUCACAAAAGAAACCGGAUAUUACUUUUUUCACAGAAAGUGGUGAAUGGGAUCUUAAAGACAGUGAAGCGGAAUUUGUCAGACAAAUGUACGUUAUUGAUUCCUUUGACCACGUAUAUUUCUUUUUUGAACUGCAACGUAAAUCUCUGUUUCAUGUUAUGAACGUUAUUAUACCAGUUCUGUGCAUUUCUGUUUUGAAUAUCAUUUCAUUUCUACUGCCAUCAGGAAGUGGUGAGAGGGUAACUUUGUCCAUAUCAAUAUUUCUUACACUUGCUAUAUUUUUGACCACUGUCAACAGUUUGAUGCCAGAGUCGUCUGAUGAGGUCGCUUCAUUUAGUGUAUACUUAGGUCUGCAACUUCUUGGAAGCGCAUUCAAUAUCUUUGUCACCAUUAUCUCGUUAAAUCUCUAUCACCACGAGGCUAACAGUGCUGUUCCGAGACUAUUAAAAACAUUAGUCAAGGUUUGCUGCGUUACAAAGACAAACGCACAUUAUCGAAUUGGAGCUGAUAUAUCAAACGAGAAUUCUAUAGCUUGUUUGAACGAUAUGCCACACGAACGCAUUAAAGUUGGUAACGAAUGUCGACCUGUGACAUGGACAAUGGUGUCAAGAGCAGUUGAUAAACUGUGUCUUAUAUCCGCACUUUGCUGGCAUAUUAUCCUUGCUGCAAGUCUGAUGAUAAGCGUUCAGUAUUAG